AGCUCCUCGGACGCACGACAACACACCAACUGAAGUGGAAAGCGGCUCCUGUUCUGCUUCUCCUUCUCCGGGUCCCAUAUCAGACGCUGCGUACAAGGCGGCACGGCUUCACACCACUGCGGGACUCAAUCAAAAGGAAGAAGUCCGAGUUAAGAAGAACGUCUGGCUCGUUCGUUAAGUCGGUUCGGUUACCUUUUUUUUCCCCCUUGGCUCUUUAUGUUAGCGACUAAGUGUCCGACCUUCUAGUGUUUCUAGCCGGAUAGGUGGAAAGCAACAAUUUUUUAAUUUCCCAUUUCGAAGACAAAAUUGAACUAAUGACGGCAGAGGUCCAGCAGCCCUCAGCGCAGACUCCUGGACAGAGCAGCCCGAUGUCUGCCCCGGAGAAGCCGCACGGACACACGGCUGCGAUGGAAACCGCCUCCUCCACGACCAAAACCAAAAAGACAAACGCCGGGAUCCGCAGACCAGAGAAACCCCCUUAUUCAUACAUUGCUUUAAUAGUCAUGGCCAUCCAGAGCUCUCCAACCAAGCGCCUGACGCUCAGUGAGAUAUACCAAUUCCUGCAGAGCCGCUUCCCGUUCUUCAGGGGCUCCUACCAGGGAUGGAAGAACUCGGUGCGUCAUAACUUGUCGUUGAACGAGUGCUUCAUCAAGCUGCCCAAGGGCCUCGGCCGGCCGGGGAAGGGACACUACUGGACUAUCGACCCGGCCAGUGAGUUUAUGUUCGAGGAAGGCUCCUUCAGAAGGAGACCCAGGGGCUUUAGGCGCAAAUGCCAGGCGCUGAAGCCCAUGUACAGCAUGAUGAACGGCCUUGGUUUCAACCACAUCCCCGAGUCCUACAACUUCCAGGGGAGCGGCGGGGGCCUCUCCUGUCCGCCCAACGGCUUGUCUCUGGACAGCGGGCUGGGGAUGAUGAAUGGACACUUGGCAGGUAACAUGGACGGGAUGGGUCUCUCCGGGCACACCAUGUCACACUUGUCGACCAACGGGGGACAUUCCUACAUGGGCAAUUGCACAGGAUCCAACGGGAGUGAUUAUCCCCACCACGACAAUUCUGCCUCCCCUCUGCUGACAAGCGGGGGAGUCAUGGAGCCUCACCCAGUCUACUCGAGCUCAGCCUCGGCGUGGGCUCCGGCCCCCUCGGGCUCGCUGAAUAACGGGGCCUCCUACAUAAAGCAGCAGCCGCUGUCUCCUUGUAACCCGGGGGCCAACUCGCUGCAGCCCAGCUUGCCCACGCAUUCACUAGACCAAUCCUACCUGCACCAGAACGGGCACAAUUCUACAGAUUUACAAGGUAUUCCUCGGUACCAUUCCCAGUCUCCGAGCAUGUGUGACCGAAAGGAGUUCGUCUUCUCGUUCAACGCGAUGACGUCUUCAACGAUGCACUCCCCGAGCAGCAGCGCGUACUACCACCACCAACAGGUCUCCUACCAGGACAUCAAGCCAUGCGUCAUGUGAUACACCCCCCCCCC